GGUGGCGUUUGCAUCAACAGUAAUUUUAGUGUGUGCAAGUGAUCAUUCUAAUUUAGUUUAAUUUAAUUUUUGUAAAUUUAAUCUGGUUUAAUUUCGUAAUCUAUCAUGGGUAGAGUAAUUAGAAGCCAGAGGAAAGGAGCUGGAAGUGUUUUUAAAAGCCACUCUAAACACAGGAAAGGAGCUCCGAAAUUAAGGUCUAUCGAUUUUGCCGAGAGACGUGGUUUCAUUAAAGGAGUUGUUAAGGAAAUUAUCCAUGACCCUGGUCGUGGUGCACCACUUGCAGUGGUCGACUUCAAAGACCCUUAUAAAUAUAAGCGACGGAAAGAGCUCUUCUUAGCAGUAGAAGGGAUGUACACAGGGCAGUACGUUUAUUGUGGACGACGAGCUGUCCUCCAAAUUGGUAAUGUUUUACCCGUCGGUGAAAUGCCUGAAGGUACAGUUAUCUGCAACGUUGAAGAAAAAACUGGUGAUCGAGGUAAAUUGGUAAGAGCUUCAGGUGAUUAUGCCACAGUUAUCUCCCAAAACCCAGAUUUGAAAAAGACCCGAAUUAAGCUUCCAUCUGGAGCUAAGAAAGUUAUUCCAUCUACUAACCGAGCAAUGGUUGGUGUCAUUGCUGGAGGUGGUCGAAUUGACAAACCUAUUCUUAAAGCCGGUCGUGCUUAUCAUAAAUACAAGGCAAAGCGUAACUGCUGGCCUAAAGUUCGUGGUGUUGCCAUGAACCCAGUAGAACAUCCUCAUGGUGGUGGUAACCAUCAACACAUUGGUAAAGCAUCUACUGUUAGACGAGACGCUUCAGCUGGUCGAAAAGUUGGUCUUAUUGCUGCUAGACGAACUGGUAGAAUCAGAGGAGGAAAGAAGAACUUAGGAAAGGAAGAUAAAUAGACUUGUUAAGAUCUUGGAAGGUUAAUCUAAAAUUUCAAGUAAAUUAAAUACAAUAAACAAAUUGUUUAUAAA